UUUUUAAUAUUUUAUAUCUUUUAUUGUAUAAUUUUUGUUUAAUUAUUUUUAUAUUUUAUUUGGUUUUUUAUUUUUAUUUGGUUUUUUAUUUUAUUUUGUAUUUUUUAAAAUUUUUAUUUUAUUUUAUUUUAUUUUAUUUUAUUUUAUUUUAUUUUAUUUUAUUUUAUUUUAUUUUAUUUUAUUUUAUUUUAUUUAUUUUAUUUUAUUUUAUUCCUGCCCGGGCAGGUGCUCGGUGCCUCCCAGCAGCUUUAAGCAGUCGGUUCCCCCAUCACGCAGUGCUCCCCUUUGGAUGGCAAUGAGGUUUUCCCUCAUUCCCGACUCGGAGUUUCCCGAGUCAUCCCAUUGUACCCCGGGGCUCAGCAGCUCCUCCCAACCCCUCCCGCUCCUGCUCUGGAUGGGAUUAACGGGAUGAAUUUCAUGGAGGGAUGGGAUUACACCGGGACAGGGCGGGCCCGAGGCUGCGCCAGGCUUAGGAAGGAUUCCCAGGGGCAAAGCCAGGACUAAACAAGCCUGGUAUUUGUAGCACAUGUUUGGGAAAAGAAAGGGAGACUCGGGAGAGGGGGAGAGGAGGCUGGGAAACCUUCCCCAAGAGCUGGGGAAUGGAAAAGAAGUGGGAUGUCAGAGGAGCUCCGUUCUGCCCAUCAGACAUCUCUCCCCUUUUGAAAAGAGCUGUUUUCUCCUAAGAAUUUCCAAAGAAAAGAGGAGUUCAGUGGGAGCAUUGCUGUGCAGGAAGGAUGCAGGAACAGAAAUGGGUAAAUGUUAAAAUCUCCCUUAUUUUCCACAGAGAAUUGGACUUUUUUAAUACCCAGACUCCAGUGGGUGUGAAUCCCUCCUUAUGCUCUUCCAGUGGGUUUGAAGGGUGGGGAAUAUUUCUUUGUACCAGGGGAGCAGCUCCCGUUUGUGUUGGAGUUAGGGCAGAGGGAAGGUUUUGCUCCUGUGCUCACUGCAAGGAGAAAAAGGAUUUUCAUCCUCCUGGUGCCUCUGGUUGCCUUUGUCACACUUGGGAUGCAGAUUUUGGGUCUCAGCCACAGAAAUAAAUGAUCUGUCAGGGUUAAAAAAUCCAAAAUAAUGGCUGAGAUACCCUAAAAAUGUGCUGAAAGUUCAGGAGGGCUGCAGAUAACUGAGCAGAGACUUUGAAACUCAGAAUGAAUCCCUGAGGUUUGCAGGGCACACAGAGAGUUCUCCAUGACCCCACACUUCAAACAGCAAAUUCACCUGUCCCAAACAAAAAUGUAACAGGAAAAUGGGCUGAAAAAAGAGGAUUUUGGGGCACAUUUUGACAAAUUCUGCCACUCUGAGAAGGAUUCGGAGCCAGCCGUGAGUCCCCAGAGCCGUUUUUCACCGUGAGGAAAAUGCCAGUGCUCUUUGUGCAGGUGGGGGUGUCCUGGAAGGGAAAUCUACGGAUCCGUGGAUAUCCUCUGACCUUCCUCGGGCUGUGCACGAGCACCUGGCACAAGCCAUAGGAAUGCCACUAAAAGUAGUGAAGUGAAAGUCAAAUUCCCAGCCGGUGCCAUCGGCUCCCGGGAUUUAAACGAGCCCAACACGUGGGCUGCCUCUCAGCUGCCCAAAUUAGCCUAAUAAGCUGCAUCUCCCCAUAAAUCUCACUGCUCUUUAAUUAGGACAUCACUGGAAAGCUGAAGGCACGAAACUUCCAGCCCUGGGUUCUGUGGGAAGCAGAGCCCGGCUGGAAAACCUCCCUGGGAAGGUUUGGAAUGCGUUUGGAAUCGCUCUGGGGGUUGAGUUCCGACAGUGAUAAUCCAGGUUGGAAAUUGCAUCCAGUAUUUUAUCCAUCCACCAAGAGAAAAAAGUGAAAUUUGGAGAUUUAGGAAUGUCCUGGAGUGACAGGAAUUGUCCCUGGGUUUUUUCAGCCCUGGAUGUGGAAAUACCUGACCCAAACCCCUCUGAGGCCGCAGGGAAUCUGAUUUUUCCUGGAGGGACAGAGGGAUGAGUGAUCUCCAGGGAUGUUUGGACAUGGAUGUUCGGAUGUGGGGGUGAAGGAUGCUCGGGCACCACCUCCUCCAGUGGAGAGGGCGGCUGGAAAACAGAUCCCAAACAUCCCUGUGGCCGGAGGCACCGCAGCACCUUUGGGACGAAGGUCUGGAGCCUUGGAAGGGGCAACAGCAGAGAAUUCCUGCCUUUUCCCCAAUUUCCCCCAGAACUACCCUGCAACACCACCUAGUGCUGCCGGGCCGCGCGGCGGGGCAGUCCCCCGUCCCAAAAGCUCGGGAAUUCCCUGGGGAAUGGCUGUGGGGCAGCCCGGGCAGGGGCAGGGGCAGGGCCGGGGGUCCCGAGCUGCCUGCGCCUCUGGGACUCGCGGAGAGCGGGACUGUGUCCGGGACAGCUGGGGAGGGACGGCUGCUCCCGCAGGGCUGGGAACAGGGAGUGCCCGGGGAAUGCUGCAGGAGCACAGGCAGCGCCCUGGAGAGCUGGGCAGCGCGCCCUACAGCGUUCCCAUUCCCUACAGCGUUCCCAUUCCCUACAGCGUUCCCUACAGUGUUCCAUUCCCUACAGCGUUCCCAUUCCCUACAGCGUUCCAUCCCCUACAGCAUUCCCAUCCCCUACAGCGUUCCAUCCCCUACAGCGUUCCCAUCCCCUACAGCGUUCCCAUCCCCUACAGCGUUCCCAUCCCCUACAGCGUUCCCAUCCCCUACAGCGUUCCAUCCCCUACAGCGUUCCAUCCCCUACAGCGUUCCAUCCCCUACAGCGUUCCCAUUCCCUACAGCGUUCCCUACAGUGUUCCAUCCCCUACAGCGUUCCCAUUCCCUACAGCAUUCCAUCCCCUACAGCGCUCCCUACAGCAUUCCCAUUCCCUACAGCAUUCCUUACAGCGUUCCGUCCCCUACAGCGUUCCCAUCCCCUACAGCAUUCCAUCCCCUACAGCGUUCUCUACAGCAUUCCUAUUCCUACAACAUUCCCUACAGCAUUCCCUGCAGCAUUCCUAUUCCUACAGCAUUCCCUAUAGCGUUCUCUUCCUUACAGCAUUCCUAUUCCUACAGCAUUCCCUUCCCUACAGUAUUCCCUACAGGGUUCCCUGCAGCAUUUCCAUUCCCUGCAGCAUUUCCAUUCCCUACAGCGUUCCCUACAGCAUUCCCUACAGUGUUCCCUACAGCAUUCCCAUUCCCUACAGCAUUCCCAUUCCCUACAGCAUUCCCUUCCCUACAGCAUUCCCUACAUCACUCCCUUCCCUACAGCAUUCCCAUUCCCUACAGCAUUCCCAUUCCCUACAGCAUUCCCAUUCCCUACAGCAUUCCAUUCCCUACAGCAUUCCCUUCCCUACAGCAUUCCCUACAGCAUUCCCAUUCCCUACAGCAUUCCUACUGA